GCUGGGAGUUUUUUUUUCAGGAGGAUUUAGAGGAGUUUUGGUUGUUGGAGGCAGAUUCAGAGCUGGAGGCAGAAACUCUGCAGACACUGCUCAGGAUUCACUGUAAGGAUUUAAACAUCAGCAGAUUCAGAGGCCGGAGGUCAGCGGCUUCCACAGAGCACAGUUGAGGAUGAUGUGGGCCGAGUCAGACUGACCUGGAACCACAGAGUCCGCUUCUCUUCAGAACCACCUGAACCUGAACCUGAACCUGAACCUUGGUCCACCAGGAUGCUUUCCGUGGUGUCGCUGCUGCUGCUGCUCUCGGCGUCCUGCAGCUCCACUCUGGUCCUUGUGAACUCCGGUGUGAAGGUCACCAGAGGACGCUGGGUCUUCGUCAGGCGGACGGAGCUGCAGAUCAGCGUGGACCCGACCUCCGACUGUAAGGUGGAGGUGGUGAUGAAUGAGCCGGUGACCCAGAGGGUGGGCAGGUUGACUCCACAGGUGUUCGACUGCAGCUUCCUGGAGGACGAAGUGAAAUACGUCCAUAACGGAAGUCCUCUGCUGGACGAGGACACGGUGAAGCUCCGAGUCUACAGGUUCACGUCUUCGGACACGUUGGUGCAGACGGUGGUUCUGAAGGUCUGGGUUCUGGACUCUGGUUCGGGGCUGGUGGAGCUGGGCAGCGUUCCACUGGUGGUUCCUCAGUUCUACGGUUUGUCCAACGUCAUCAACAGCUCGGUUCUGAACAUCAGAACGUCUGGUCUCAUCUGCAGCGUCCGACUGCUGAACACCGACAUCAGCGUCCCUGCUGUGGGUCAGCUGGUCCGGGAGGAGGAGUCCAGCCAAAGGACAGGCCGACAGACGGCGGCUCUCUGUCCUGGAAACAAACCUUGCCUCCAUCACACCAAGCAGCUCGACUUCCUGAAGACCAGCUGCAGAGACUUCCUGAGCUCCGGCCUGAAGUACCAGCACCUCAGUCCUCCAUCUCCAGAGAUCGACUUCAUCCCCAUCAGGGUGGAGCUGAGGCAGCAGGCUACCAGGGCCCUGCUGGAGUCUGAGGCCGUUUGGCUGCCGGUUCUGAUCCACGGCGCCAUGGAGAACCAGCCGCCCCACGCAGCCUUCAUGGCCUCCUUCAUCCUGGAGGUGGACCAGUUCAUCCUCACGCCGCUGACCACCGCUGCCCUGGACGCUGACGACCACGAGACACCGCAGGAGAAGCUGGUCUUCAAUGUGACCGAGCCGCCCGCCGAGGGCUACAUCACCCACCUGGACGACCACACCAGGCCGGUCCAGUCCUUCACCUGGACGGACCUGAACGACAUGAAGGUGGCCUACCAGCCUCCCAACAGCAGCCUGACGCACCGAAGGAACUACCAGGUGGCGUUCCAGGUGAUAGACGCCUCCUACCUGAGCAGCCCACCUGUCACCGUCCACAUUUCCAUCAGGGUGUCCGAAACUAACGCACCCAGAGUGUCCUGGAACAUGGGCCUGGACCUGCUGGAGGGUCAGUCUCGACCAAUCACGUGGGAGGAGCUGCAGAUCGUCGACAACGACAACAUCGACGGCGUUUACCUGGUGGCGGUGGACGGACCUGUGCACGGACAUCUGAGUGUCAGAGGUGUGAAGGCGUUCAUGUUCAGGGUGAAGGACCUGAGGGAGGGCGUGGUCAUCUACCAUCACUCCGACAGCGACUCCACCCGCGACCACAUCGUGUUCCGCAUCAGCGACGGCCGCCACAGCGUCCGACACAAGUUCCCCAUCAACGUCCUGCCCAAAGACGACUCGCCGCCGUUCCUCAUCAACAACGUGGCGGUGGAGGUGCAGGAGGGCGGCGCCGUGCGGCUGCAGGAGUACAUGCUGCUGGCCACCGACCUCGACUCCAGCGACGACUACAUCCUCUACCACACCGUCUCCGCCCCUCAGGCCGGUCAGCUGAUCAGAAGGAGCGCCGCCCAGGAUGCAGGACUUCCAGUGGACAGAUUCCUCCAGAAGGACCUCCUCCAGGGUCUGAUCUUCUACCAGCACUCUGGAGACGAGAUGUUCGAGGACUCCUUCGACCUGAAGCUGUCCGACAGCCACCAGCCUCCAAACCUCUCCCAGACAUACACGGUGGUGGUCCAGGUGUUCCCGGUGAAGGACCAGCUGCCGGUGGAGGCUCCAGGCAGCGUUCGCUUUCUAACGGUGAAGGAGACGGAGGUGGUCUUCAUCACUCAGACUCACCUGAACUUCUCCGACCUGGAACACCCCAACAUGGACCUGACGUAUAACAUCACUCAGCCCUGCUUCAGCCCGGUGCAUCCUGGCCUGAUGGACGCAGGACGUCUGUUCUACACUGACACCAGCAGCAGCAUGAAGAGAGACCACAUGGUUCCAGUUCUGAAAUCCUUCACCCAGAAUGCAGUGAACCAUCUAAAGGUGGCCUUCAUGCCUCCGGUGGAGGACAUCGGCCCCGAGCCGCUCUUCGUCCAGUUCGUCUUCUCCGUCAGCGACGUCCACGGCGGCACCGUGUCCGGACUGACCUUCAACAUCACUGUCCUCCCCGUGGACGACCAGGCGCCACAGGCCUUCACCAACCUGCUGCAGGUGGAGGAGGGCGGCGCCGCCUUCGUGACGGAGGAGAACCUCCUGGUCCAGGACCGGGACAGUCCGGAGGCAGCGCUGAGGGUGGAGCUGCAGCGGCCAGCGGGUCGGGGUCGUCUGGAGCUGCAGGGCCUAACGCUGCUGCCAGGGGAAGCCUUCAGUCUGCUGGACCUUAGAGCUCUCAGGCUCAGGUACAUUCAUGAUGACUCUGAGACCACUGAGGACGAAGUGGGUCUGAAGGUGACGGACGGACUGAACUCAGUGGACGUCAUCCUACAGAUUCAGGUGCUGCCGAUGAACGAUGAGCCCCCCCAGCUGGGCGGCGGCCUACGGUCAGCUCUGAGCUGUGAGGAGGGAGGGCGUGUCCAGGUGACGGUGGACUACCUGUCGGCCACCGACCGCGACAGUGACGAAGCCCGACUCACCUACAUGUUGGCUCGGAGUCCAGGCAGGGGGGAGCUGCAGAGAGACGGACUCAGCGUGGACAAGUUCUCCCAGCUGGACCUGCUGCAGGGACACGUCUACUACGUCCACACAGGAGGAGAAAUCGGACCGACGCCAGUGUUCGACACCGUCACACUCAUCAUCUCCGACGGCGAGGCCGGAGGGACGGACGGCUGUUGUCAUGGAGACGCCCCACCCCCUCCCGUCCCCCUGCACGGAACACUUCCUGUUUACGACCUGAACGUCACGGUGCUUCCUGUCAACAACAGAGUUCCCUCCGUCACACUGGGUGAGUCUCUGCUGCUGGUGGAUGAAGGUUCCUCAGCGUGUCUCUGUGGUUCGGUUCUGGGGGCCUCGGACCCCGACAGUCCACCUGAGCAGCUCACCUUCUACCUGGAAGCUCCGCCCCUUCACGGCUUCCUGGAGAACACGCUGCCGACGCCCGGCUCCGAGAAGAGCAACGCCGGAGUCCGAGUGGAAUCCUUCAGCCUCGUCCACCUGACCGCCGGCUUCAUCAAUUAUGUCCAAUCAGAGCACAGAGGGGUGGAGCCUACCGUGGACCAGCUGUCCGUCAGCGUGAGUGACGGGCUGCAUCGCUCCGCCCCCGUCCCCUUCUACAUCAUUAUCAAUCCGACCAAUGACGAGACGCCGUCGCUGCUGCUCUCCAACUUCACUGUGGAUGAAGGAGGCGUCAGAGAGCUGACUCCCUCCAUCCUGGACGGUUCUGACCUGGACGCUCCUCCAGACCUCCUCACAUUCUCUCUGCAGCAGCAGCCAGAUCACGGCUUCCUGAUCAACGCCGUCUACGGAGCCGACGGGCGGCGCUACCAGGAGAUGGAGGCGGAUCUGCUGAGGAGCCUCCUCAUCUCCUCCUUCACUCUGCAGGAGCUGAGGCAAGGGUUGAAGGUCUCAUAUGUCCACGAUGACUCAGAAACCCAGAAGGACGUUUUGGUUCUGCGGCUGACAGACGGAGUUCAUUCAGUCGAAGGAACGAUUCAGGUCACAGUGCUGCCGGUUAAUGACGACAAACCUCGACUGCUCAAGAACGCUGGUCUGGAGGUGGACUCGGGUGAGCGGAGGGUGAUUUCCAGCGUGGCUCUGGAGGCCGAAGACCUGGACACGCCCCCUGAACAGGUGUACUACAUCCUGAACGCUGCACCAUGGUUUGGAAACCUGCAGCUCAAGACGGAGUCGGGUUGGGCCGAGCUGUCGGCCGGUCAGAACUUCACUCAGGACGACGUGGAGAUGAACCGACUCUGGUACCGACACACUGCAGCCGCCAGCGCCGCCGGAUUCAAAGGUCACGACAGUUUCCGCUUCACGCUGAGCGACCGAGACAACGAAUCUCCGGCUCAGAACUUCUUCAUCUCCAUCCAGACGGUGCAGAAAGGUGACGUAGUCCUGCAGGUCCGGGCGGUGCACCUGACGGAGGGCCAGCGGGUCGUUCUCAACACCGACGUCUUGCUGGCAUCCGACUCUUCGGGCCGCCCGGAGGAGCUGUUCUACACGGUGUCGGUUCCGCCUCGCCACGGCCUCGUCCACGCCAUCCAGCAGCCGGGAGUCCCACUGACCGGCUUCACCCAGCUGGACGUAGCUGCUAGCCGUGUGUGCUACACCCACGACAACAGCCACGAUGCCCACACCGACUCCUUCAGUUUCGUCGUCACCAACGGCGACUCGUCUCGCAGCGGGACGCUCCACCUGACCAUCGAGCUCGGCGACCGCAUCCCCCCGACCCUCCACCGCAACGGCGCCCUCCAGCUGCAGGACGGCGCCAUGGCGACCAUCACCGCCGACCAGCUGCAGCUCACCGACCCCGACACCGCCGCUGCCAACCUGAGUUACGUCGUUACGGAGCCGCCGCGCCACGGGAAGUUGCUGCUGGGAGGGGCCCCGCUGGCUCCGCCCCUCAGAUUCCUCCAGACCGACAUCGACCGGAUGGAACUGGCUUACCGGCACGACUCCGGAAGCCCCGCCCACAUCGACAGGUUCUACUUCCUACCAAGUGACGGAACCAACAGAGGAUACCUGGAGUUUGGACAGCUGAGGGAGGAGCCUGCAGUGUUCAACAUCCAGGUGGAGCGAGUGGACCGGACUCCUCCCAGUCUGACCAGAACCUCCAGUCCCAGCUCAGUGGUGGAUCUGGGCGCCGGACGCUACGGGAUCUACGUCACCAACAAACACCUGCAGGGAACCGACCCGGACAGCAGAACCGAGGAGCUGGAGUUCUCCAUCAGCAGGCCGCCACACUACGGAUACCUGGAGAACACGGCGACAGGUGCCUACAUCCGAGGCCGGUUCUCCCAGCGGGACUUGGACCGGCGCUUCGUGCUGUUCGUCCUCCCUGCAGACGUGGAGGCGACGGCCGACAGCUUCCAGUUCGUCCUCAGCGACCCGGCAGGAAACGCCGCUCCGCCGCAGCUGCUGGAGCUGUCCUGGUCUCGGGUGGAGCUGUCGGCGACCUGCUACAGGACCUGCGAGACGUCCAGAACCCUGCAGAUCCAGAUCCAGCGCAGCGGCAGGAGCGUAGACCCGGCUUACGUCGCCAUCCAGGUGGAGGAGGGAUCGGCCAAACCGGGACGAGACUUCACUCACAGCAGCGCCGGCCUGAUCCAGUUUGACCCAGGUGUCAACAUGAAAACCUGGAACAUCUACCUGGUGGACGACGGUCUGGAGGAGAACCACGAGACCUUCACCGUCACCCUGAAGAACCCACGAAAUGCCGUCCUGGGAUCGAGGAGCUCCGCCAGCGUGGAGAUCAUCGACCCGCGAGGAGGAAGCUGCGACCCAGAAGACCUGAAGGUGGAGGCUGACCAGCGACCUCCUGGUUCUCCUCCCGGAUCUCCUCCCGGAUCUCCUCCUCUCCUCCCCAAGGAGGACCAGGAUCCCGUCACCGACAUCGAGGCCGAGCUGCUGUGGGAGAACCAGCCUCAUCCUCCCAGAGGAGAUGUCCCAAACCGCCGCCCCUACCUGGACUAUGGGGAGGUGGAGCCUCAGGACCAGGCAGCGCCGAUCUACAGAAACACCCACCAUCACCACAGGCAGCGUCCACGGACAGAUACUGGAGGUCCUGGAGGUUCUGGACACAGGCUGAGAGUUGGAGAACUGAAGGUCCGUCUGCCGGCUGAGAGACGAUCUGAGGAGAAGUUCUGGACGUUCCACAGUCUGACUCCUCUCCGGCUGGAGGAGUUGCAGCCUGGAUGGAACCCGUCGACUCACAGUCGCCUCCUGCAGGAGGUUCAAGUCGGAGACGCUGUUCAGAGGGACCAUCAAGGACCAGAGCCAGAACCAGAACCAGAACUCCGACAACACAAGACGGGCCGGUCAGUGAGCAGCUCGUGUUCUAAUGGUUGGACUCGGUACCGGAGGCGCUGCUACAUCAUCAGUCCGUCUGUAGCGAGUUGGUCCAGUGCCGAUAGAAGCUGCUCUCUGCUGUUUAACAGCAGUUUGACCAGCGUCCAGUCCAGGAGAGACCUGAACUGGUUGUGGAGGUUCGCAGGGAAGAAGCCCUUCUGGAUCGGUCCGUCCGGAGCUUCCUCCAGGCUGCAGGUGGCGCCGUCAGGCCGCGGGUCGGACUGUGUGCUGGUCCAAAGCCCCAGAAGCUGGAUUUCUACGAGCUGCUCGGCUGAAACUGAACACAGAUUCGUCUGUUCGUCUCUGGCUCAGACCCACUGAAUAUUUAGCUCCCAGGUCUUCUAUAAAUGCUGCUCUGUACAUUAGUUCCAUUCUGUGUCUAAAUAAAGCUGCUGCACAAACUGA